AUGGGCGCCGUCUGGUCCGCCCUGCUGGUCGGAGGGGGUCUGGCCGGAGCGCUGUUCGUUUGGUUGCUGCGGGGCGGCCCUGGGGACGCGGAGCAGGAGGACGCCGCUCGUGAAGAGGCUGCGGCUGCGGGAGCCCAUCCGGGCGGCGGCGGCGGACUGACCCCCGGAUCUGCCAAGAGCGAGCUGGGCGCCAAACCAGAGCAUCUUCAAGGAAGCAAUGGAUGUUUGAUUUCUGAGACCAAAGACCUUGGUAACCUGCAGGAAGCAGCAUGGAGACUGCAGAAUCCUUCCAGGGAAGACUGUGACAAUUCAAGAGAGCAUGUUCAUUCUGGACAGUUUCCAGACAUAGAAGCUCCAGCUGCCUUGGAGAUUGGUAACUCUAGGGCUUACUCUGAAGUUUCGAGAAAUGAAAGCCUUGAAUCUCCUUUUGGAGAAUGGGGAUUCCGAAAAGGAAAAGAGAUACCUGCUAAAGCAGAUAUGUGCUUUGCAGAGAAGUUGCUUUCUAGCAAUCUUCUCAUGGACAGAGCUAAAGAAGUGAGCCUUGCACAAUUGGACAGUCAGGCCCCAGCUCACCGUGAGGACUGGGAAAUGGUGUCUAGGCACUCGUCCUGGGGGGAUGUUGGUUUGGGUGGCAGUCCUGAGGUUCCAGCGUUAAACCUGAACCAGGGAAUGGACUAUGGCAGAAGCAUUCUUGGGGAAGCAAGAGGUCGGGAAAUGGAUGUGAAAGCAGGAAGGGUACUAGCAAUGUCUUCAGAGUCUCAGCAAGUUAGUGUCAGGUUCCAGGUCCAUUAUAUCACAAGCACUGAUAUGCAAUUCAUUGCUGUAACUGGAGACCAUGAGAGUCUUGGGAGAUGGAACACUUAUAUCCCGCUCCACAAUAGCAAGGAUGGGUGGUGGUCUCAUUCUGUUUUCCUGCCAGCAGAUAUAGUGGUGGAGUGGAAGUUUGUGUUGGUUGAGAACGGGAAAGUUACCCGCUGGGAAGAAUGCAGCAAUAGAGUCCUAGAGACUGGCCAUGAGGAUAAAAUGGUUCACAAGUGGUGGGGGCUUCACUGAUUCAAUUUGCAAAGUACUGGAGAGGCUGUAGCAGAAUGUGGAAGAGGCUAAGGUUGUGGAGCACACUGAAUAAUUUAAAACUAGAGAUAGUCAAAUUUAGCCAUCAGAAUUGUUUCAAGUUUGCUAGUGGCUUUUGUCCAAUGUGCAGAAAUAUAUGUAUGCAGAUAAUGCUUCCAGUGAGCAUGGACUUUUUUUUCCUGUGGCAUUGAUUGAUGGAUUGUGCUGAUCUAUCACUACUUUAGGGCUUGAUCUUCUUGGGGAGGGCUUGGCUAAGCUUCAGGUGUGGACUGUAAUCAUGGAGCAGAAACUAAAUAGCUGCACAGGCUUCAAGCUUGAGCCUUUGGGAGAUUCUUAGACCAAGAGACUAAAAUAAGCCUCAUUAAAAAUUUUCCUUUUGGUACAGUUGAAAAAGCUCUUUACUGCAUGUACUUUUUUUUUGUUGGUGGCUGGCUGGUAUGGGGAGCUAAUCCUGGACCUUGGUAUUGUCAGCACUGUGCUCUAACUGACUGAACUACCAGCCAACCUAUAUGCACAUUUUAUAUUUAAAAAUAGUUAACACCAUUUGGAACUGCUAUCAGCAAAUAUGUGGUCACAAGAUGUGAUUCGUAAGGAUAUGAGGUAAUGCUCUAAGACUCCCCAAUGUUUUUUGUUUGACUUUACCUGCCAAGUUUGGUUUCGAAGGUAGUGAGUCUGUCUUUGUCUUAAUGAUCUAAAACUGGUAUGGAAACAAGGGGCCUGAUCAGAGUCAGUCAUCAUGGAGGUCAGUCAUGGGAGCAGCUUAUGAGGAAAGGGAACAUGAAUGCAAUUGGGGUGUGGGCUGGGUGAGGUGCCCUGAGUGACACCUGUAGAGGUGGGAGCCUCUGUAGGACCAUCUCUUUCCUACUGCCCCUUCCAUCUCUCACCAGAUCUGGACAGAUGGACUGUCCUACAGCAAUCGUUUCCAUCUGUCACCCUCUUCCCUCUCCUUUCGUACCAGCAGCUAUCUUGGGUAACAAAUUUAUACAGGAUAGUGAUAUAGAAGUACAUCUUUGCUCUGAAAAGAAAUAAACAUUUAAACAUUAAGUUAUAAAUGAACAAAUAAUAAAACUUGAGUUUUAAUAUCCUUA